AUGGAAUAUCUGGAAGUCAAGCUACCAAGUGCAACAUACAUGGUGUUAGAAUAUAUUAUUUCCAACCCUAUGCCCAGUUUUGCUGAAGGCUAUAAUCAUGGAAAUAAAUUUGCAAUCGACCAACUGAAGGGAACAAUUACACUGGUGAAGGCAUUAGAUUCGGAAAUAAAUACUCAUCUAGAACUUUUUAUCAACAUUUCUGAUUCUGCGCAUCAAACCAUCAAACGGCUUCAAAUUCUUAUAUCUGAUGUCAAUGAUAAUCCUCCAGUAUUUAUUCAGGAUGCCUAUCAGGUGAUUUUACCUGAAUUUAGGUACAUAGAUGACUCUGUCUUGACCGUGCAUGCCAAAGACAAAGAUUCGGACCACAACGGAAAGAUAUUCUACAGAAUGGUUUCUGUCUCUGGUUCACUAUUUCUUGUUAAGCCAUUGAACCAUCAGUUCAGUAAUCCAGAGAUCCAUCUCCUUGUAGAAGCCAACGACCAUGGAAAUCCUCCUUUGACUGAUAAGGCUCUGAAUCCUUGCAUUCCUCUGUUUACCCUGGCAACCUAUAAUUUUGCUAUAAGUGAAAAUGCUUCAGUUGGAGAGAACAUGUUCACAUUCUCAGUUAAUGACCAAGGUAGAAAUCAUCAAGGCACCAGUGUUGGAGCUGCUCAUCUAAAUUCUACAACUACCGUGUCAAUUGCCAUUUUAGAUGUUAAUGACAAUCCACCUGUAUUUACAAGUUUGGAAUAUCAAGUUCAUGUCAGGGAUGAUUUUCCAGUUGGUAAUUACAUUACUUCAGUGUCAGCCUAUGAUUAUGAUGCUGGAACUACUGCAGAUAUCACAUACAGUAUUGUCUCUGGAAAUGAUAAAGGGCACUUCCAACUACAAGGUAAAACUGGCUCAAUACAACCGAUCAGAGCUCUAGAUUACAAGGAUGCUACAUAAUUCAACUUGACAGUUCAAGCUUCUGAUGGAGGAAUAGUUAUAAGAAAUGUGGCUUUUGCUGUUGUUUUAAUUAGUGUCCUUGAUGCUAAUGAUUAUGUCCCCGUAUUUGUUUUUCCAAGACUCAAUGAAAAUAUGCCUGCUUUUUCCUUUGUUUGCACAAUUUCUGCCCUAGAUUUUGAUACUGGCUCAUUUGGUUAUCUUUCCUACUCUAUCCAGUCAUCUUGCUUGUCUAGUCAUGAUAGUAGAGAUCAUAACCUGUUUAUAAUAGAUUCUUUGUCUGGAAAUAUCCGCACCAAGCAGGUGCUUGACUUUCAACAUCAGAGUAAGUACUGUUCCAUUGCACAGGCAAAAGAUAAAAGCAAUAGCACAGCAACUGUUACUGUUCAGGUUAAUGUUGAAGGAUUAGAUGAAUUUGACCCUGUGUUCAACAAAGAUGAAUAUUUCUUUUAUUUUACCGACAAGAAUGAAGCAGGGCAGUUGAUUGGUGAUGUCAAAGCAUCAGACUGUGAUGGUGGAUUGGAUGGUGUUGUUUAUUAUACUUCGUUAGAGCAAUCUCCCUUCUUUUCGGUGAACUGUAGCAAUGGAUCUGUUUAUUUGGCUAGAUCUUUUCACACAAAAAAGAACCAGCAUGAAGAAGAAAGGGACACUUUUAAACCACUAAUAAAAGCUCAUAGUCCAAAACAGGAUCCAAAGUUCAGGACCUGCACAGUUCUGAUAAUUUUUUCCAGUAUCCCUGAGAGUUAUCCCACAUUGACAGCAGCUAACCUGUCUGUUAGCAUUGCCAUCUCUAUCGUAGUAUUUUUGUUUAUUGCCAUCUGCCUUGCUGUGCUUAUUGGUAGAUAUGUACUAAAAGAUUCCUGCAGGUGCAGCCUGAAGAAAGAGAUGCCAUGCCGCCCUGGUUAUAGAUCUAAGCAUGCAUAG